AUGGAUUCUGAUCUCCUCCGCGUCCUCGUCGGUCAGGACCACCGCGAGUUUGUCGUCCACCGGGGCCUGCUCUGUGCCAGCAGUCCCUUUUUCCGCGACAGCAUCGACGCCGUCCCGGAGGCCCUGACGCCGUCGUCUCCGGCGUCGACGCCACCUCCGUCGGCGCCCUCGCCGUCUCCGUCAACAAAACCCACCCUCAUUUGGCUCUCCGGCGAGUCUGCCAAUGUCUUUGAGCUGUUUGUGCUCUGGCUCUACCGCCGACACGCCUUCCGUGCGGUCGUCGAAGACGCCGUCACCAUCCUCGCCCGUGAGGCCAGGCCUGAUGAGGUUAUUACUCUUUACCCCGAGCACGACUCGGACACGACCGACAUAUUGAACGACAUAUUGACCGACAUAUUGACCGACACAUCGGCUGAUACAUUGGCGAAUACAUUGACCAACACAUCGGCUGACUCAUCGGCCUCGGCCAACUUGAGCGACCUCCAUUGGCACCUGGUUCGCCUCCACCUCUUCGCCGCCUACAUCGACAUACCCGUCCUCCAGGACGCCGUCAUGGACGCCCUGCAGGACCUGUACCUGCGCUUCGACUGGACCGCCACGCCGGCCCUCUUGACCUUUUUGUACGUCGAGGCCGACCCGCGGGCCGCCUGCCGUCUGCGCAAAUGGAGUGUCGCCCUGUUGGCAUGGACCCUCGCCAACAGCAACAGCAGCGGCGAUGACCAUGCAGAACCGGCCCGCCACGGCGGACUCGCCGAACACGCCGAACAUGCCGAACACGCUCGGCUGCGCGCCCUCCUCCGCCUCAUGGAACCCCUCGCCGACGAGUACGCCGCCCACAUCAGCAAAAUGACGGCCAGCCGCGCCGACACCCGCAUCAAGAACCCCCAGCUGCGCAUCCCCAGCAACCAGCUGCGCCGCGAGGACCGCCACUUUGGCUUCCGCCAGUGCUCGUUCCACAGCCACCGCCGCGCCGCCGGCGAGGGCCGCUGCCCGCACGAGCGCGCGCGGCGCCGCGGCGCCCUCGACCUCGUGUCGUCGCUGGCGCUGCCUCUGGGCUUGGGCAAAGACGUCAGGAUGGACGUCAGGAUGGACGUCAGGAUGGAUGUCAGGAUGGACGUCAAAGAUGCCAGCAAACCGGUCAGCGAGGCUGUCCACAACAACGUCCACAAAAACGUCAACAAAGCGGUCCACAACGUCAACAAAAACGCCAGCCAUGCGCCUCGCCGGCCAAGCCAGCACUCGCCGUCGGCGUCCCUUUGCUCGCUCUCGUCCCUCUCCUCGACGUCCAGCGGCAGUGAGCCCCGGCGGGAAGACCUGCCCGUCUGGUCGCCGCUCUCUGUCACGACUCCAGGGUAUGCGCCGCUGGGGAUGGAGUCGACCAUUUAA